GCUGGUUGUGUUCAUAAUGGGAGACAAUUCCGAUGAUGAGGUUCUUGAAAUAUCUCGUGAUCAGUUCGUUCAGAAAGUAGACGAGGCCUUACGUCAAGAUUAUGGCUUCUUUUUUUCACAUGAAGAACCAAAUGACCACCAGGAUAUUUGCAUUCCGCAAGAAGAUGCCAUUACCAUGAAGGAGGGAGUUGGAAAUACAAGUAAGGGUAAACUACAUGACGUUGAAUGUACUUCCAAGGGAUUUAUAUCUGAAGGAUCUCAAUAUCUCACGAAAGAUGUAAAAGAAAGUAUAAGGUCGGUUGGUAGUUCCAAGUCUAAGAAGCGUUUACAUGGAGAAAAUUGCGGACAACACACUGUUCCUGAAGAUCCGGCAGUUUUGAACUUCACACGUAAAGGGGAAUACAGGCUGCGUCUUCCCGUCGGGGUAUCAAAACGUGCUGGUUUUACAAAGAAGCUUCAUACACUGAAGAUUGAAAACAUGCAGGGGCAAGUUAGUACUUACGAAGUCAAACGGGAAAAAACGGAAGUGCGAAACGCUAUUCAGUCAUAGACUGGCCUGUAUUUAUGGCGGAAAAUAAGUUGAAUGAUGGCGACAUGCUUGAUUUCACUUAUGUGACUUCAAAGAAGACCGUCAUCUUAAAAAACGUCCGACAUGUCUAACCAAAAGUGCACCGAACUUUUUAUAAACCGUCUUUAUAACAACUGUUUGGACUUUCUUUUGGUAACUAUCCUUUGAACAUGUAACCAUCUGGAAUUAUUUCUUACUAGACUUUUGUAUGUUACCGAACUGUUGUGUAUAUGUUUAGUGUUUAAGUU